AUGGCGCUGGAAUUGGAGCCGUCCGCGGCUCCCCUCAGCUCCUUCCUGAGGGACUUCCCGGCGCCGCUGGGCCCGGGGGAGCCGCUGCCGUGGAGCUCCGCGGGGAGCGGCGCCCUGAGCAGGCCCGAGGUGCCGGGCGCGCUGGCCGAGCGAGCGAGGAGCCUCCUGGGCAGCAGCAGAGAUGUUUCACCACUUCUUGCAGCCUCACUGAUCCAUGCUGCAGUUGAAGAAGUUCUCCAAACAGACUUGACUGAAUUUAAGCUGCAAAAUGUGGAAACAGAGGGAGAAGGAGAUGAGGAAAGUUUCACCUUGCUGGACGGGGAGUCACUGCAGCGCUGCUUUUUUAACAAGCUGCGGGACGUGUGCUCCAAGUGGCAGAAGCAGUUGCCACCGCUGAGGCCCCUGACGCGCUUCCUGCUGGUGUCCAUCCACGCCAUCCGCAACGCGCGGCGCAAGAUGGAGGAUCGCCACGUCCUGCUCCCGGAGUUCAAUCAGCUCUUCGGCCUCUCUGAUGACAUUGAUCGUGCUUACUUUGCCGUAUUCGAUGGCCAUGGUGGAGUGGAUGCUGCCAAUUACUCAGCAACCCACUUACAUGUAAACGUUGGGUUGCAUGAAGAGAUUGUUAAGAAUCCAGCUGAGGCCUUGAAAUGCUCUUUCCAGAAGACAGAUGAAAUGUUUCUUUUCAAAGCCAAAAGAGAGAAGCUGCGGAGCGGCACAACAGGUGUGUCUGCAUUGAUUGUAGGGAAUAAACUACACAUAGCAUGGCUGGGAGACUCUCAGGUGAUGCUGGUGCAGCAAGGGAAGGCUGUGACAUUAAUGGAACCUCACAAACCAGAACGAGAAGAUGAGAAAGCAAGGAUUGAGACUCUGGGUGGCUGUGUAACCUACAUGGACUGCUGGCGGGUUAAUGGUACCCUGGCUGUUUCCAGAGCAAUUGGUGACAUCUGCCAGAAGCCCUAUGUCUCUGGUGAUGCAGAUGGAGAUUCCUUCGAGCUGACUGGCUCAGAAGAUUACCUGCUCCUUGCCUGUGAUGGAUUCUUUGAUGCCAUCAAGCCCCACGAGGUUGUAGACUUGGUCCUGGAUCAUUUGAUGCAGACCGAAGGAGUGGGGCUCAAAGCAGCAGAGAGACUGGUGGCUGCUGCCAAGGCAAAUGGAUCCAGUGACAACAUCACUGUUCUGGUGGUGUUCUUGAGGGAUCCUCAGGACAUCCUGGCAGACUGUCUGAGAGACUCUAAGAGCCCUAGGGCUGAUGGUGAUGCUCAGAGCUCACCCUUUAACUUCCUCAGCUGCGAGGCAGCAGGCACACAGUGACAGAAUCUGUUUAGUGCAGAAUGUUCAAGUAAGUUCAUGUAAGGAACUGCUUUCCACUGAAGAAGCCUCUAAUACAGUGGGCAAAAUAUAGCAGGAAUAAAAGACAAAUGGACAAAUGUGGAACAGAAAGGCAAGACCCCUUUUACUGAGUUCCCAUUUGUCUUUUCCUUCUCUCUUUUUUUUCCCCCUCCCCUCAAAAACCACGGAGCCGGUGUGGAGAUUUGUACAGCUGUUUCAUCUCUGGGAGCAGACACUAAAGUGUGUCCCGGGGUGUUGGUCAUAUCCCUCUGUCCUGGAAGUGGUAAGAAACCAUAACAAGUAUAAGCUAAUGGAUGAAAAUGUGUAUUUCAUGAAUUCUGAGUGAAAAAUUUAAUUAGUGCUUAAAAAGAGCACUGUAUGUUGUACUUAACUGUGAUGUUACUUUGGAAGGUGGAGGGGAGAAGCUGUCCCCACUACAGAAAAGCUUCUUCCUGUGUGUGUUCUGUAGGAACAGGCUUGGGGUGCAGGGACUGGGUGACACCAGUGUUCUGUGUAAGGUGCUUUUGGUUUGUACCAAAGAUACUGCAAGAACGAUGCGGCCUCUUUAUUCCAACAGAAACAUCUAACAUUUGUGUGUAGGGAGGGGAGAAAAUAAAACUGGAUGCUCCAGAAAAGCAGGAAAACUAGCUAGAAAUAUCCCAGGGAAAAUGAUAAAAAACCAACUGCUUUCUGGGAUGCUCUGGUUUAUAAACUGGAAUCUGAUAUUUAUCUGCACUGGAUUAUUUCUCCCUAACAAACAUGCUUAUUGGCUAUUUGACAACCUGAAAAGACCCCUCAUGUGGUAUUUGAGAGAGAUCUUUACAGUUUGUGUGCUCAAGCAGGUAAUAUGCUCUUCCUGCCGCUAUUUGGUGUACUAUAACAAAGGAGAAAUUUAUUUUUAUUGUGUUUAUUUGUUAAUUUUCUGAACUUUACAUUUGGAGGAAUGUUUUGCAGUGUUAUUUUGUUGUGGUUUUUAUUUAAACUGGAAUUUUAAAGUGGCUCUGUCUUUAUUAUCUAGUGUAAAAAAACUGACUACCCUCAAGUGCCUUAAAUAUUUCACCCAGGAUUGCUGGCUGCCUGUCAUGGUCUGGUGAGCCACUUCCUAAUUUUUAAAAUGUGACUUUUUGUUUUCAUUGAUGCACUUAAAUGUUUCAGUUUGUGAAUUAUUUUAGUGGUAACUAGGUUUCAAGAAAACAUCUCUUUGUUGCCAAAUCUUGUGGUUUGUAGUAAAAGCUUCACUGUGACUUACUCCCUGCCCUGUGCAGAAAGCUUCAGAGAUUUAAUCAUAAAGUAACAAUCGGAGUAAUUAUUUCAUUUAAGAAGGAACUUCUGGCCUUCACGAGAAAAUUUAGUAACACAAACUAGAAACAGUUUAGUAACAACACUUGUAUUAAUUGAAGGUUAAUUUGGCCACACUUCAUGAACCUCUUGGGCCUGAAUAACUUUCUAAGGAACUGUGAAGCUCAGAGGAUGAAAGAAUUAUAAUGAAUAUGUGAGGGUGUUGCACAACUGCUCUAUUCCUGUUGUGCUAGAGCCUGUGGUUGUGUUUUGUCUUGCCUGGCUAGCAGGACUCGACAAGAUCUGAAGGCUCACUGGUAAAUUUGUUAUUAAUUUCAGUGUCUAAACAAAAAGCGCUUUGCAUCUGGCAGCAAGAUUGUAUGCCGCAUUUAGAAGCACAUGUCAUUGCAAUAUGUCAGUCCUGUUGAUUAAAAUGUGCUGAGCAUUAAUGUUGCUUGGGGAGGAAGUUUAGGUAGAAGAGCUGAGCUGGCUCGAAGAGCAGAGCAGCACUGUCUGUGUCCAGUCUCUGGAUCCUUGGCUGAUGUGGGGUGAUGCAGUGACCCAAGGCUUUUGUACAGUUUUUAAUGUAGGAACUCCUCAGUGAACUCCUCUCUCAGCAGCUGUGACUGCCUUGUUUUGCCACAGAAGCUUUUCUGUCUUAAAAUGUAUGGGGAAGGAUUUCCAUUAUGGCAGCCUGGUGGGGUGGGCACCAGUGUUUGUAGUGAACCUUCUUCAGUUAAGGAAGCCCUCAGACUUGUUCAGUAAUCCCCUUGGAUUUAUCAACUCCUCUCUCUUUGAUUUCUAGCCAGAUACUCAAUUCCAUGCUAAAUCCUGAUGACCACUAGUGCCUUGGUGUCUUGGAAAUAGUUCUAUUAUGAAUAUAGUAAGAAUCAUGUAGAAUUGUUUGAUUUCAUUGUUAUCUGAGGGCUAUUAGGAGAGGGGGAAAUUAUUGUAUUUAUGAAGGAAGGUGUGAAGUGUUGCUAAGCUCAUUAUAUGGUUUAAUUUCUGAAAUUUGCUGAAUUUCCUCAUAGGUGGAGUGGAGUGAACAAGCCAAACUUUUGUAAUGGUUAUUUUUUCUUCAAUCUUUUCUGGGUAGAUUUGCAUUACAGAGGAAAGAGUCUUAAGACUUUUGAUGGAUGCUUGCAGCUAUGUGAGCAUAUCCUUUUCUGUUUCAGAUUUGGUAAUUUCUGUUUUAUGGGAGCUAAGUGACGUGGGCCUUUAGAAAGCUGUCUGUGGCAAUCAUAAAAUCUAAUUCUCAAGCAAUGCUCUAGGGAAGAAAUUCUGCAUUCUUAGAAGCUGUUCCCUUACAUUUGCAUUCAUUCUGACUGUCAUAGUGCUUCAUUUCUUUGAGAUGUAAAUGGAUAGGAAUAGUCUUUGAGAACUCGUAGAGACUACAGUGUGGAUUAAAAGUAUUUCUCUCAUUUUCAGAGACUUCUUACUAGCUUUAAAAAGUCUGGUCAGGUCAACAGAAAUUGUAAUGGGUCAAAAAAGGCAGUUUGUAUCCCAUCGCUAGAAUAAGAAGUUCUUAAUGUGUCAUCUACAGGAAAAUCCCAAAUAUGGUUUGGGGGAAGCUGUAGAAAUUAGCUGAAGGAUUCAGGACAAAUGUUCAAUAAUUUUCAUGUCUUACUGGACUCCAAAUGAAUGUCUGCUCAGCAAAACAAUUUAAAGAAGCCUGAAUUUUUAAAACAGAGCACACUUAAAUUCUUUUGUUGUUUGGCUGGAAACUGGCUUCAAUUGUUCUGCUGAGUGACUAUCCAACAUCUCUUUUGCUUAUGGAUAAUUCAUGCUUCUACCUUCCUUUCCUUUCCCCAUCCUCUCCUUCUAAGCCACACACCUGAGACAGGGAAUAUUCUGGAUUUGACGGAGACAAGAUUAAAAUUUUACAAAUAACAUUUGGGGGGGGGAUGGUUUGAGAAUACAGAUGAUAGAAAUGCAGGAAAAAAUUUAGAACAGAGGGAGACCAAGAAAAAAUCCACCCUCUGAGUGAUGGAGGAGUGAAGGAGAGAGACAGGAAUGCAUUUAAGUAUUAUUAAUGCCUAUUUUAAAAAGGAAGUGGGCUGGAAAAUAGAGCUACAAAUGUCAGCUCUUUAGAGCGAAAUACCAGAGCUUGAAAGAAUUAGAAACACACCCAUUAAAAAGGCAGAGCUCAGCUGUGGUAACUGCCUUCAAAGAGCCGAAGAAGGAAUAGCACUGAAAGUGUCCGAGAUGACUGGCUGUGACCCCUCAAUGCCACCUUGGAAGCUAAUGCUCCUAAAUGGAUUCUUCCAAACAUCCUCCCGUGUAAAGCAGUGCUAAGAGGGAGCACCCAGCCUCUGCAGUUCCUGGUCAGCGUGCAAGUGCUGCUGUGAGUAAAUAUGGAGUGUGUUAAUGAGUGGAGGGGAUGGGGAGCCCUGCAGGAUGAGUAAUUGGGCACUGAGUGGUUACAGCAGUGCUGGCAGCAGAGUAGUGUUAAUCACAGCGAUGCCUUUAAUAGCAUUUAAUAGACACUUAAUUCAAAGUCAGAUGUGAUACUGCUCUUUUAAAAAACAUUUCCAGUGCCAUUAACCUUCUGUCAUGAGGAGCCACUAAAAUUUCCACUUUUUUUCUUGGAUGUUGGGAAAAGUGCUUCUCUUGUUCUCUGAAUCCUGGAGAUCAGUUGUCUGUCUGCACUGGAAAACUUGUGUUCAGUUGAUAGUUUAAAUCAGUUCUUUGGGGUUGAACCUUCCCUCCCAGGCAAAAAACAGACAAACACCUUAAAACUAACCUAAAAAAAGGUGUUUCCAAAACAAGUGGCUAAGAAGUUUUGUAAAUGGUAUUUGUAAAUGGCAAUCCAGAAAAGGUAAACAGCAAAUACUCUCAAUCUAUAAAGGGCAUAGACAGUAAAGUCUAAGUUAAUAUUCCAGCUCUACUCUUAGUUCAAGUUUGAACUCUGUUGGUUAAAUUAUUUGUAUUCUUAUGGAUGCAGGUACUGAAUGUGCAGCACCAGCUAUUGUCUGUUUCUAGUCUUAUAGUACUGGAGUAUCAAACAAAUGCUUUAGGGAGAAGGCGGGGGGCUGUUAGCCACAACAGAGCAGACUGAAGAUGAUUCAUGUAUAAUUCAGCUCUGGUUAAGCCUGAAUCAAAUUUCCCUGCUUAGUUCUAUUACUGUCCCUUCUGCAAUUGGGCCUGUGUCUUCAGAUAGAUUCCUACAAGGAAAAAAUGGUCCAUUCCCCCUUUUUGAGGAGCAAACCUUUCUGAUGAACCAAAUGCCACCCAGGAAGGAUUGGAGAAAAUGAAAAAAGAGCUUUUAACUGAAUGCAAAACUUCCCAAUCUACAUGAAGUUAUAUACUCUCCCUAAACACAAAUUGAUGGCAUGUCUGGUUACAUUUGUGUAGUGCUGGAAACCAGGGGGGGUUCUGCCAACCAGGGGGGCUUCAUAACCUUCCAAACAGCAUCAAACCCAAGAGGCUGGUCCUCUCUGCAUUACUAAAUCAAGCCAUUCAACCAGCCAGUCCUAUGGAGUAUUGGUUUUGCAGCAUUAACAGCUCUUAAGAGCUAAGCCAGACAUGCUUUCUGCAUGUGUUUUGGUUGGGCUUAAUAUAUUUCUCGGAUUUUAUUUAAUUUAAAGCUAUUUUUAUUUAUAUAAGUCGUGUCAGCUGAGAAGUAAGCAAAUGGAGACUUGAAGGAGUGACUGCACCUCUGAACAUGUAUCUGUCAUAGACACUUGUUAAAAUAAUGCCUUAAAAUGAGGUGGUAGGCUCUUGUGACAGAUAACCUUAUCUCUGCAUGGAAAAGGAAACCAAAAUCUUCCAGAGAAUCACUUAAACCUUUAUUUUGGUGUCACCCAUCAGACCUAAACGCUCACAAGCUGUUCAGUGUGGUUUAAUGCAUGUUCCAGGCUGUGCACGUUGCUGCUGGUGCACACAAAAAUAAACAAGGGACAGCUGUGUUGGCCACAUAGCAAAUUUAGCAAGAUGCAGCUUUUGUUAAGCAGAAGGGGACAAAAUCAAUAGGAAAAGAAAUGUUUUCAAGCUUCUUGGAAUGCAAACAAUGGAAUUUAAAAAAAGCAGCCUAGAGGAGUUGGCACUGCACUGUCAGCUGAAAACCACUGUUUCAAGCAAAUGAGUUUGGCUGCUUUGUAAUGUCUGUUUUAUUUUGAUAACAAACUCCUCUCAGUCAGAGUUUUAUGUCUUAUUAUGUGCUUUUUAGUUGAAGAGACAAAAUGCAUUCAGCUCCUUAGAAAGUUAAAUAUAUCUGGGCUUUGUAACUAAAUAGAUCCUAAUUAUUGAGUUUUCUCUCAACUAUUAAGCCUGAUUACUAGUUUCCAGGAGAUAUUAAUAGCUCAAAUACUGAUGUUAUUACUGAUUAAAUGGUUCUGGAUUUCCAUGCACAGGAAUGUCAUUGGUCCUUCCUGAUCUAGUGGAUCACUUCUUGAAGUUAUUUAUCCCUUUUGAGGCCAUAUAUUAGGUAGGUAAAAGGUUUGUUGCUUUGGCAAAUGGAGAUGGAAUGUGUGACCAUCAUUCCUGCCAGGAACCAUUUAUCCUUUUAUCUAAGCAAUGAUGAUCCUUUUUGGAUGUCCAAGGAUGAAGAGAUAAUAGCUAAGAAACCAGGGUAAUCCCAUGGGGACCUUCUCAGGGCAAUAAAAAUAUUUACUUUUUUUGUGUGGUGCCCUUUAUAACUUUGUGAAAAGGCAUUCAGCUGAAUGUUGUAUGAUUAGUGCUACUUUCUUUGUCUGUUUUUCCUACUAUUUUUUUUUCUUCUGUGUAUUUAAUAAUAGCAAAAUAUUUGUUUUAUUUGGGGUCAAAACUUUACACUGACAAAAAAAAAAAAAGGCCAGUAUAAAGUUUUUAACUCUCUUAAUGACUUUAAUUGCUUUAAACUUCCUCUUCUGAGAGUAAUUUCUGCUCUGUGUCCUCCCUAUUUUCUUCCCAAUUUUCUUUUUCUCUAUCUUCUAUGUACUUUUACAUUGUCAUGCUCUCCCUCCCCAACAUGUUGCUUUUUAGGCCAUAAAAUCUGUUGACUGUUAAGUCAGUUUAGUUGCCAGUUUGUAAUUUUCACUUCAUCUGUGUCCAUAGUGAAUUUGGUCUGAUCUUUGGAGGCCUGCACAACACCAAGAGUGUCAAAAGAACAAUGUCAGCUAGGAAGAUAAGAAAUUACAGUAACUGUUGCUUUGGCAUGGACCAGUAUUGGAUACGUAAGAAGAAAAUCCUGUUAUUUGUAUCUUACUCCAUAGGAAUGCUUAAGCUUAUUUCAGGUACCAAUAGCUCUCACCCUGAUGACAAGACUUCAGAAACGUUCUUGUCUCUGUCUUUCCUUAUUCCUGCAGAUUGCUUGUGUUUUCAAACAUUUGCACUGUUGAGAGUGGGGGAGAGAGCUUUCUGCCUUCCUUCCCCUGGGCAGCUCUCUCUCCUGCCCCAGCUGGCUGAGCAGUCAGGGUGGGAGCAGCAGCACAGCCCGAGGCUCAGCCACCUCUCAGUCAGUGCUGUUCUUCAGGCUCUGCCCUGUGCUGUAAUGCCAGUCCCUGCUUGAGGAGUGGUAAGUGAGACCUCUAACUACUCCUGCUGACUUAAAAAUAUAUCUUCUUAUCAGUAUUAAAAACAGCACAAGAGCAGAGCUGUUGCUUUAGGCACAUUUCUUGCCACUGUGUUGGCUGAUGAACCUUGAAUGAAAGUCAGAGGGCCAGUGACUUUGAAAUAGGAGCUGUUAGCCAAGUUUUGUAGGAUCAUAGUCCUUAUUUAUUUUGUAUGCUAAUCUGCACUUGUGACCCUGAGCAGAAAAGCUGCAGUACAGCAGGUUUUAUAAGCUGUGGCUUAACCAGUGAUCCAAUCUCUUCAAACUCUUAUUUAAGCUGACUGGUUUUAUGCACAGGUUGAAAACCCGUUGUCACUGAUCAUUAAAUGCUAUGCAUAUUGUACAUUCAUUUACAUGGAUUGUUCUAAUAGUGCUUGUGUGUAUUAUGCUACAUUACCAUAUUUUUUAUAUAUGUAUGUAUUGCAUGACGUUCAAUUGUUGGGAUUUUUUGUACUGUCACUUUUGUAUUCACACAGUGCCUCAUGUAUCUAUUUGCAUAUUGCAAGAAGUUGUUUCAAAACAGUGACUGGAAACAGGUGAAGAACUUGCCACUAUAGGAUCUGAUGGUUCUGAAGUAUUAAUAAAGUAUAGUGAUUCAAA